AUGCCGUACGGAAAGGUCGACGAGCUCGCCAUCAACACCAUCCGCACCCUCGCGGUCGAUGCCACAUUCCAGGCCAACUCUGGCCACCCGGGCGCCCCUAUGGGCAUGGCCCCGGUGGCCCACGUCCUGUUCAACAAGUUCAUGACGUUCAACCCCAAGAACCCCGAAUGGGUCAACCGCGACCGCUUUGUCCUCUCGUACGUACUUCCCGCGACGUUUCUUCGCGUCAUUGGCAUGGCUCAACGCGAACCACGGGUCACAGUAGGCCGGGACGGAGCUAGGAGCCUUUUCCGCGGGGCAUCUGAACGCGGGUCCGCUUAUCUAUGCGAAGUUCCAAAGCCAGACUCUGGGCUUUUCAACGGUCACGGGUGCAUGCUUCAAUAUGCUCUGCUCCACCUCUUCGGCUACGAGAUCAGCAUUGACGACCUGAAGAACUUCCGUCAAAUCGACAGCAUCACCCCAGGUCACCCCGAGUCCCAUGACACACCCGGUAUCGAGGUGACGACUGGUCCCCUCGGCCAGGGUUUCGCCAAUGCCGUCGGUAUGGCCAUUGCCGAGAGGCACACUGCGGCCGUCUUCAACAAGCCCGGCUUCGAUCUGAUCAAGAACUACACAUACGCCUUCUUCGGUGAUGGCUGCUCCAUGGAGGGUAUUGCCAGCGAGGCUGCCUCCAUGGCCGGCCACUUGAAGCUCGGCAACCUCAUCAUGGUCUAUGACGACAACCACAUCUCCAUCGACGGUGACACCAAGUGCGCCUUCACUGAGGACGUCAUGAAGCGCUUCGAGGCCUACGGCUGGCACACACAGCACGUCGAGAACGGCGACUCGGACCUCGAGAGCAUCGAGGCCGCCAUCGCCAAGGCCAGGGAGGUCACGGACAAGCCCUCGGUCAUCAAGCUCACCACCACCAUCGGUUUCGGCUCCAAGCUCCAGGGUACCGGUGGCGUGCACGGCAACCCCCUGAAGGAGGACGACAUGAAGGCGGUCAAGGCCAAGUUUGGCUUCGACCCCGAGAAGAUGUUCGUCGUUCCCCAGGAGGUCUACGACAUGUACCACAAGCACGCCGCCGAGGGCGCUGCUGCUGAGCAGGAGUGGAACAAGCUGUUCGAGAAGUACGGCGAGGAGCACAAGGACCUUCAGGCCGACCUCAAGCGCCGAUUGACCCGCGACCUCCCCGAGGGCUGGGUCAAGAGCCUGCCCACAUACAAGCCCUCCGACCCCGCCAUUGCCUCCCGAAAGCUCUCCGAGAGUGUUCUCGAGGCCAUCCACAGCGUCAUCCCCGAGCUUAUGUCCGGGUCUGCCGAUCUGACUGGCUCCAACAACACCCGGUGGAAGAAGGCUGUCGACUUCCAGCCCGCGGAGUACGGCAUCGGUGACUACUCUGGCCGUUAUAUGCGAUUCGGUGUCCGUGAGCACGCCAUGGCUGCUGUCAUGAACGGAAUGUGCGCGUACGGUACCGUCAUCCCCGCCGGUGGUACUUUCCUCAACUUCGUCUCGUACGCCGCCGGUGCCGUCCGUCUGUCCUCCCUCGCACACCAGCGCGUCAUCUACGUGGCGACACACGACUCCAUUGGUCUUGGAGAAGACGGCGCCACCCACCAGCCUAUCGAGACGCUUGCCCACUUCCGCGCUCUGCCCAACAUGAUGGUCUGGCGCCCCGCUGACGGAAACGAGACAUCAGCCGCGUACUACAUGGCUCUCACUUCCAAGACGACUCCCUCCCUCCUUGCUCUUACUCGCCAGAACCUGCCCCAGCUCGAGGGCUCGACAAUCGAGAAGGCCAUCAAGGGUGGUUACGUCGCUCUCGAGAAGGAGGGUGCCGACGUCACUCUCGUCUCCACCGGUUCCGAGGUGUCUCUCUGCCUCGAGGCCGUCAAGACGCUCAAGGACCAGGGCCUCACCGCCCGUGUCGUCUCGCUGCCUUGCGUCGAGGUCUUCGACGCCCAGGACAAGGAGUACAAGCUCUCCGUCAUCCCCGACGGUAUCCCCACAAUGAGCGUCGAGGUCAUGUCCACACUCGGGUGGGAGAAGUACUCGCACGAGCAGUUCGGCCUCAACCGCUUCGGCGCUUCCGGCCCAUACAAGGACGUCUACGCCAAGUUCGAGUUCACCCCCGAGGGCAUCGCCAAGCGCGCAAAGGCUACAGUCGACUUCUACAAGGACGUCAAGCCCCUCCGCAGCCCGCUUAACCGCGCUUUCCAGCAGCUGAUCUAA